AUGAGACGGGAUUGCACCCGAGUCAGGCGACGAAAACAGUCUUUCGAGACACGUGACAAAGUGAGACUCAGUUCACUGCAGCAUGGAACGACUGACCAUCCAUCCUUUGAGAAACCAGUCGAAACUGGCAUAUUUUCAUCUUGUCUCUCUCCUUCAGAAAGAGGAGAGUCCGGUCAGUUUGUGCCGAAAUUCGCAUCGUGUGAAUGUGACUCCGCCAAAGAUGCGUUGGUCACUCUAGCUAACGGUAAUGGUGGAAUGCUGUUGCUAUGCGAUAUCUGUAUGCUACUCUGA